AAAAAAUAUUCGAUCCAACGAUCAGCCCUUCUGCGGAGUUUACAGUCGUUAUUCAGUGGUCUUCGUCGUCGCCGUUGCCCCCCCUCCUCUCUCUCUGCUCUGCUACAAUGACCAUGGCCGUGGAUCCCCUCCACCACCUAAAACCCUGGACGAAACCCAAACCUCUUCUUCUUCUUCAAGCGAACCGAUGACGACCACCAUGGGUCCACCUCCUCCCAAACCCCAAAUCGAUAAUAUUGUUACACAAUCCCAACCCCAGCCAGAACCCGAUACAAACAAAUUCGAUACCGCAGAAGAACCUAUAGAGAAUUUACCCGAGACUGAGCAUGACAGUGCCAAAACAACGUCGGAGCCAUCUCCAUUGCAUCAGAGCGCUAAAGCUGCGCCCGCUCCUUACACAAUUCCGUGGAGCGGAGCUCCAUGCCACCAGUUCUACCUUGAGAUUCUCAAGGAUGGCUCUAUCAUCGAUCAAUUCCAUGUGCAUGAAAAGGGGGCUUACAUGUUUGGACGUGUGGAUCUCUGCGAUUUUUUACUCGAGCACCCUACCAUUUCUCGGUUUCAUGCCGUUCUUCAGUUUAAAAGAAGUGGUGAUGCCUAUCUUUAUGAUCUUGGCAGUACUCAUGGUACUUUCAUUAACAAGAGUCAGGUUAAGAAAAAUGUUUAUGUGGACUUGCAUGUUGGUGAUGUCAUUCGGUUUGGCCAUUCAUCUCGCUUGUACAUUUUCCAAGGACCGGCUGAGUUGAUGCUGCCAGAGAGGGACUUGAAAGUUAUAAGAGAUGCAAAAAUUCGAGAAGAGGUGCUAGACCGGGAAGCUUCCCUUCAACGAGCAAGACGGGAAGCAUCUCUUGCUGAUGGUAUCUCAUGGGGUAUGGGAGAGGAUGCAAUCGAAGAAACUGAGGAUACUGGUGAUGAAGUAACUUGGCAGACAUACAAAGGACAGCUUACAGAGAAGCAGGAAAAAACCCGUGGUAAAAUAUUGAAAAGAACGGAAAAGAUUGCUCAUAUGAAAAAGGAAAUAGAUGCCAUCCGUGUUAAAGACAUUGCUCAAGGUGGUUUGACACAAGGGCAACAGACUCAAAUUGCUCGGAAUGAGCAAAGGAUUACACAGAUUAUGGAAGAACUAGAAAACUUGGAGGAGACACUGAAUGAUAGUAUCCAAGAAAGUAUAGGUGCACGUACUGGAAAGAUAUCUCGUGGUAAGAAGAUAGGAGCCGCAGAAGAUGAUGAAGAAUAUUCAAGUGAUGAGGAUGAAUUUUAUGAUCGGACAAAGAAGAAGGCUUCUAGUCAAAAAGUUGGUGAGAACCAAUCUGUUGAAACUGCUGAUACUCUUCUUGAUAAGCGAGAUGCCAUAAUACAGGAAAUGGAAGAGAAUAAAAAGUUGCUUUCAAUUGAAAAGAACAGAAUGGCAUCACAAACUACAGUUGAAACUGAGGUUGGAGAUGCACUUGAUGCUUACAUGUCAGGGCUUUCAUCUCAGCUAGUGCUUGAUAAAACCGUGCAACUUGAGAAGGACUUAUCAGCUCUCCAGUCAGAACUGGAUAGGAUAUGUUACUUGUUGAAGAUUGCUGAUCCAACUGGAGAAGCUGCAAAUAAAAGGGAUUUGAAAGCAAAAGAGCAGAAGCCCAACAAAUCAGAAACUCCCGCAGCUGCAAUUAAGAAGCAACUUCCUACGGUUCCAAAAGAAAAGAGUCAACCAGAGAAAGGAGUGAAUGGCUCUGUGCUGAAAGAGGGAACUACAGAUGCAACUGUGGAGUCGAGCAAGAAGCCAGAAGCUGCCAAGAUUGUCAGCGAUGCAACUGAAGGCAAAACAGCUGUAUAUACUGUUGUGAAGCCCCAAUGGCUUGGGGCUAUAGAGGAUAGAAAGAUAGAAGUGGCCCAACAAGUAGCACCCCUGGAUCUUCAUGAGCCUGAUCAUUUUGUUGACUACAAAGAUAGGAUGAAAAUAUUGGGUGCUGAGGAGGAAACACACACAAAGGGGGUGUCUGGGAUUGAAAGUGCUGCACCAGGUUUGAUUGUAAGGAAGCGGAAGCAAGUUGAUAAACCUGAAGGUGGCGACAGCAAUGCUCCUCAAUCGUGGACAUCUUCCUCUUCAGGAGCUGUGAUGGCAGAGGAUGCUGUGGCAUUGCUGCUAAAGCAUCAAAAGGGGUAUCGUGCACCAGAUGAUGAGGAGAAAUAUGAAGGCCAAGAUAGUUCAGGGGAUAACCAGUCGAGUCAGGAUAACAAAAAGCCUAAGAGGGUGCUAGGUCCUGAGAAGCCCUCAUUUCUCAAUGGUACUAAAGAUUAUGAAUCUUGGGUACCCCCGGAAGGACAAACAGGUGAUGGGCGGACAUCCUUAAACGAACGCUAUGGUUACUGAGUUUCCAAGUGUUGCGUGCUUACUCUGAAGUACGUGGCUGGUAAUUAUGUAAAUUGGCAUGAAAUUAUGUGCUUUUGAAGGCAUUCGUGGUGGAAAUAGACUCACUCUUGCUUGGACUUUCGUAAUCAAGUUUAAGUUGGAGGGAUAUGACUCGGAUGAGGUUUGUAGGAGACGUUAUGGGAAGAUGUGGUAAUAGAGAAACAACAUCGUGCAA